CCCCAGGCCUGGACCCCUGAAACUGGGCCCCUGCUCCUCCCAGCUGGCCAGGCCCCCACCCGGAACCUUCCAGCUCUGAUGGAGGAGUUGCAGGGGGCGGGGUGUCACCAGAGCACCCUGUCCGGGCCCAGCGUCUGGGCUCUGGGAGGACCAGCGGCUAGGCAGCGCUGGGCAGAUCGGGUCGAUGCAGGCCAAACGAUGACCAGUUGUGGGCAGCAGUCCCGGAACGCGCUCGCCCUGCUCUUCACGCUGCUCUUCUCAGCAGGCCUGUCGGCGCAUUUCCGGGUGUGUGAGCCCUACACGGAUCACAAAGGCCGCUACCACUUUGGCUUCCACUGCCCCCGGCUCUCGGACAACAAAACCUUCAUCCUGUGCUGUCACCACAAUAGCUCGGUCUUCAAGUACUGCUGCAACGAGACAGGGUUCCAGGCGGUCAUGCAGGCGAACCUCACGGCCGGCUCCGAGGGCUACGUGCACAACAACUACACUGCCCUGCUGGGAGUGUGGAUCUAUGGCUUCUUUGUGCUCAUGCUGCUGGUCCUGGACCUCCUGUACUACUCCGCCAUGAACUACGACAUCUGCAAGGUGUACCUGGCCCGCUGGGGCAUCCAGGGACGCUGGAUGAAGCAGGAACCCCGGCGGUGGGGGAACCCAGCCGGGGCGCCACAGGCAGGGCAGCCCGCCCCGCAGCCCCAGCCUCCCCCAGGGUCCCUGCCGCAAGUGCCAGCGCCCCAGGCAAUGCACACGCUGCGGGGAGACACCCACAGCCCUCCGCUGAUGUCCUUCCAGAGUUCGUCUGCCUGGUGAGUGACUGCUGUCAGCUGCUGCAGCUGUGGAUCACUUUUCCUUGGCAAGCCUGGAAAAUGCCAGAUGAUUGGGGCUGGUCCAUAGUUUCCUGGUUAUUUGUUCUUCUUGUUGUUGGCCAAGAGGGAUUUGAAGGUGCCCGAAGCGGCACACACUGGAAAGUCAGAUGAGAGGUAGAAACAGCUCCGGAGCAAAGCUUGCUUCCAAAGUCACUGCACUUAGAGCCCGGUGUGAGAUUUACAGGCAUUAAACAUUUGGUGGAGUUUAGAGUUUCCUAGCUGGCAAGGCAAAAGGAGCAAUUGGAUGACUUUUUAGUGUUUUAGGGUGUGGGCAAAGGAAACAAAUCAAUCUGUCAGUGGCUGGCGAUAUUUUUAAGCAUGAAGUGACAAAAUAAAAAUAUUCAUUGUUCCUGUCCUGUACAGACCUUGAGGCAGUUCAGCCAUGGCUCAAGGGAAAAGGAAGAAACCUGCAGGGAGGGCUUGCCCUGGCAGGGUCCAGAUUGGUCCUCCUCCACAGUGGCUCCCAUUCUUUUCUGCCGGGUUCCAGGGCUGGUGGGGUGGGGUGGCAUUGUGCCCAGGGGCCAGAGUGGGGGUGGAUUCCCAAGCCAGGUUUCCAGUUGGGGUUCAGCCACCAUGGGGCUGAGCUGCAGCCCUACGAGCACGGGGCUGGGGAGCCUGGUCCCUGGAGCCACGACCUGAGCCCAACUGCCAGAUCUUCCAAGAGCUUUCUGUGAAAGGUGUAGCCUUCUGUGAGGGGCCACAGGUUCAAGUCCAUGGGCCCAAGGUCAGCUCUGCCAUUCCCAGCUCCUUUGGCCCCUUUGACCUCGCUUCUCACCUCAGAAAGGAGUCAAGGGUAAGGGAGGCUUCAGCUGCACACCAGGCACAUGGUAGGUGGGCAGGCAGUGGACUUUCCCUGAAUCCUCUCUGGAGGUCCGUCCGAGCCAGCUAAUGCUCAUUUAAAUAUCUCUCAGGUAGUGACCUUUUCAAUAAUGAAUGGCUUGAAUAAUUGAUAAGAUGCACUUAAACCAGCCUGUGCUUAUUGAUUGUGUAAUUGCCACAUUUAUCAUGCAGGAGACAGAUGUGGCCCUGCUUGGCUACAUUUGACGAAUGUACACUGAGCCUGUCCUCAGGGCAGGGCCACCAACCCGUGUCAUCCUGAGAGCGGAAAAGCCAGUCCGUGAGGGGCCUACUGGCCAGCCUGACCGUGGGGUGUCCUGGAACGUGGGUGUCUGGACACAGACAUCUCCAGAGUGUGUGUCACACUGGUGUCCUGUUGACCACGAGGCUCUGAGGGUGGAGCCUGCAGGCCCCAGAGUUUGAGAGCCACGGAAAACAGGCACAACGGAGAUGCUGACAGACAAGGGUGUGAGGUUUGAAAGGCAGCUCCGGAGCCAGGGAUUUAGCGCAGUGGUUCUGCUGCCUGCCUUGCAAGCGAAAGGUCCCGAGUUUGAUCCCCAGUACCAAAAAAAAAAAAGGCAGCUCCGUCAGCAUGGGCUCUGUGGGUGCGCAGUACACAAUCGCGGGAACAGUGCACGCCCACUGGCCCACCCCCAGGAGGCCAUGUGGGCAUGGCGUGGGCACCCUGCGUUCAGGAGCCCGGCACCUGCCUGCCUGCCUGCCAGCUCCAGGGUGCCUGGGAGAGCCCCUUCUGUUGCCUCAGCAGCCCGGCUGCAGCCACCCCCGAAUGUCCUCAGGUCCAGUGACCCUUGUACACCCAGCCUGUGCCCCACGUCCCUCUCCUGUCCCUCGCUUGGCUGUGAGGUGACCCCAGCUCCCCCAGCUUCUCUCUUUCUCACUUGGGGUUGGGGCGUGACAGACACCACUGGCCACCUUGCUCCUGGGGGAGUGGGCCAGGGAGAGCGCAGGGGAGACAGGCAGGAAGCCAGGUCGCCAGCUGGGCAGGGCAGGCAUGGGGGACAAGGCCCAGACCGAGGCUGGGUGCGCUCAGGGAUUGAUCCAGAGUCGCCGGGGCACCUGAGGGAGGCCAGAGCUGGGUGGCCAGGGAGCCGCUGGGUCACCUGCAGUGCCACCUCCUGGCCCUUGGCUCCCCCAGCCAGAAAGCCCUAGGAUUGUCACUCAAGUGGCCAUGGCACAGCCCCGUCCUCCUGCUCCCAGGGACACCCACUCCAUCCCUCUUGACAGCUGGGAGUGCAAGUGUCCUGCCUGUGGGGGCCGGGGGUCCCCAUCCUGCCGAUGGCAGAUGUCACCAUAACUGAGUUAAGGAGCUGCCCGGGACCCCGGGGUACAGUGGUGACAUGCAGACGCCUUCACUUAAUUUCAGACACCCUGGGAUGUUUUCUUCAUUUGCUGGAAAAUGAACUAGGACUGUGAUGGUUCCUGCUCAGGUUCCACAAUGCCGGCUCCCUGUGCCCGCUCCCUGGCCCCAGCUGCCGCAGCUCCUUUCCUGAGUGUGAUGGAGCACUGUGUCCUGGCUAGCACCACCAUGAUGCCGCUCCCUGGUGACUCGGUGCCUGGGGCGUAUGGUUCCCUGGUGACAGCCACCUUCCCUGGCUUGGUGUCUCCUUGCACACCAGAGGCUCUGGUUUCUCCUCCCCAGCGUUAUGACCUCAGCCAGCAGCCUUUCACAGAGGAGCAGUCACGGUCCCAGAGAGGGUUAGCAACCUACCUAAGGCCAUGUAGUGAGUCAGGGGCUUGAACCAGGGUCUCACAGGCCUCCUCUACUUCACCCUCUUCCUGCCUCACUCUUCCACCCAGCACCUUCCACCAGCCUGGUCCCCUAGAGCCUCUUGCCAAUUUCUCUUCCCACAGUGCUCUUCUUCCACCCCACCCUGGCAAACUCCUGUUCAUCCUUCAAAACCUGCCCUGAAGUCACAGGCCCCACUUGGCCCCAGAAGCCUGAUGGGGAGUGGAUUGUGGAGCUAAACUGGAGGGGAGGUGGUUGCCCUGGGCCCAGCCCUCGAAGCCUUUUAGAGCUUGGGGGAAAUGCCUGACAGGAGAGAGUGGUUGAUUCCACAGGGAGGUGCCUCCCAUGGCCGGCUCCUCAGGAGCUGGUUAACACCCUCAGGUCUCUGCCAGCUGGGCUGGGCACUCGUCCUCCACCCGAAGGCCCUGGCCCUUGGCAGAACUCCCUCAGCCUCGGUCCAUGCUGCCCAGCAGCUCCAUUACAGCAGAGUCACUCUCUCCCACCUGCCAGCAGAGAAAUUCCUGAAAAUUAGAGGGCCAGAAAGGGAGAGGGGCUGGUGUCCAGUUUCCUUGGCGUGCCAUCAGGUACCAAGGAGGCUUCCGCCACUGGAAUUCCGAAGACAGUUAAGGUCUGGCGUGGGAUGGAGUUUCAAACCCCUGGGGCUUCCAGCUGGCUGGGAAACCCCAGCUCACCUCGCAGUUUCUGUCUUUCCUCCUGGCUGUGCAGGAGUUAGGCUUGGGCUUACUGUGCAACCUUGGGCAAAGGCUUGCCCUCUUCGGGCCUGUGCCGGCUCCUCCUUACAAGGGGUGAUAAACCUGUGGAGUCCAGCCGGGAUCCAGUUACAGGUGUGACGGUGGGGAUCCAGUGUGUCCCCCAGAAAGGCUCGGUGCGUGGAAGGCCUGGCUGCUGCUGGGCUUCUAGGAAGUGAUCAGAUCUGGAGUCCCUGAUUUUCUCAGUGGAAACCGGAAGUGGAGUAAGGGUCGUAGGGCAUCAACUUGGGGGCCAUAGCUGAUCCCUUUACCUCCCUACUUCCUGGCUGCCACAUCUUUCUGCUGUGAGGGAGGGAAAGCCGAUCAACACACCAGGGUAAGGCUGGGGGGCCACACCCCUCACCGAUUGCCCUGUGCUCCAGGCAGCUGUUUAAUGCUCUGGACAUUGAGAGUCAGCACACCCGGGGUCCCCACGUCUCCGUGGGAGACAUCUUGUUGAGCGCUACCCACAGAUGCUUGGUACUGGGAAAACAGUAGCCUGUGCUGGGUGCUCUGCAGCCCAGGGACUGUGGGCUCCUGGGUCAGUCAGGACUCACCUGUCCCUGGGGCAGGUCCCCAAGUGUCCCCCGAAGCACAUGAGGCCCAGGUUCCAGGCAGCUGCACACCAAGGCCUCUCUGGCUGGGUCCAGCAGCAGCCUGAAACUCAGUGUGGACUUCCCCUGACCCCAAGGGUUGAAGGGGCUGUUUUGCUGUGGCCUGGUUGGAUUUGUUCAGUUUCAGGAUCCCUGUCCUGUCCCUUGUACCAGUGGCAAAGGUCCUUCCAGCCCCGGAAGUGCUGGUCCAUUCACCUGGCCUCCACGCUACCUCCUCCCAUGGCCAGCACUGGUCAGCGGGGAGGACCUCACAAAAGCCCGGUGCUGGCAGCUCUGCCUCACUCUGAGCCUGCUGUGGAAACUGUGGCAUAGCGCAGUGAGCCUCUGUCUUGGGUCGGAGCUUAGUUCAGAUCCCGGCUCUACAUGCCCAUGGGGACCCUGAGACCCACCCACCCUUCCAUGUUGUGGAACCUCAGUGUUCCCGUCUGUACAGUGGGUGCAAGUGGACUCAGCCCAUAGGAUGACUGUGAAGGUCAGGACAGGGCUUGGUGCCUGGCAGCUGCGUCUGUGAGCGUGGAUGUCGCUAUUAGCCUGUUACUGUUGUGUGUGGGGUAGAAGUGGAGAGAGAGAGAAGGAGCCGCCCAGAAUCCCACACAAAACAACAUCUACUUCACAUUUUCCUGCCUUGCCGGGCACGCGCUGCUUCUGCUCUUCUAAUAAUAACGUGCACGUAAUUUUGCAUUCUGAUUUUAUUCAAUUAGCAUUAGCUUGGCCAUUAUCCUGUGAGUUUACUUAAUCUCUCUAAAUAUCAUUUUAGCAGCUACCCAAUAGACAAAAUCCCACGUGCUGGCAUUCAUUUAGCAUUUCCCUGCAGCAAGGCAUUUUGACAGUGCACUUCUUUUUCUUUUUUUUCCCUAUGACAAAUAAGAGAAGCAGGGGCUGGGAAGAGGCAUAGUCUAGAAAAGAAAAGACCGCAACACCUUCAUGUGUUCUUGGCCUUUGCCUUUUAAAUGUUUUUUGUUUGUUUGUUCGUUCGUUGUACUGGUGAUCGAACCCAGAGUGCUCCACCACUGAACACAUCCCCAGCUCCGCCUCUUUUUUUGGAAGCACAGCUCAUUAAGCUGCCCAGUCUCAACUCAAACUUGCAAUCCUCCGCCUCAGCUUCCCUCAGUGCUGGGAUCACAGGCAUGCACCAUCUCCCUUUCUUGAAUUGUUGCCUCUAGAUCCAUUCCAGGCAGGGAGAUUCUGAGUCGUCGGGGGCGGGGGGCGGGGGGGGGGUGACAGUCAUACAUCCCUUCGUACCAGUGCCAAGCUCCCAGGGGCAGCUUAUUCGGGGCACCCUCUUCAGCGCGAAUCUCUUCGAUUGUCAGUGAGUUUGAACACCUUUCCUUUCCAUCGUUAACUAAUUCUGUUUUCUCUCUUGUGAACAUCCCCUUUAUUUCUCCGUGCCCCCCAGACAGCUGAUAAUUGCAGUCAUUUUCACAAAGCAGCCUUUCUUUCCCCAAUCCCAGUCCUUGCCGGUCCUCUUGUCCUUGAGCCUCCCUUGUACUAUUUACUUAAAUACCUUUUGAAUUGACUUUAAAUCAAGCUGUCCAUUUAGAAAACUCAGAUUUUCCCAAAGCCCUGUCGUCUUGGGCUUAGGGGUCCCAUUUGUCCUUGCCGUCCUCACUGGUGCUGAGCGUUGGCUCAGGGGGAGCCCAGUGACUUGGGGAAUCCAGUGUGAUACAACAGAGCCACCCCUAAAAAUUAAGUCCUAAAAUCUUACAAAUAAAUACCCGGUAACAGGUUCGCAGGUAAUAAACAUCCCAGGCUUCCCACUCCCUAUUUACUUUGGGGCAUUUCCUCCUAUGGUGCUCUUGGGUUCCUUGCUUUUGUCAUGUCCGCUCUGGGGACAUCUGUGGAACUGCCCACAUCCCGUUGGCAGUGUUUGUGCCCUGGAAACUGGCAGCGGAGUGUUACUGACCCACACGAGUACAACUUUGUAUUCUGCUCUUACUCAGGUGCACAAACCCCUGAGAACAGCCAGGUCCGUGUCUGCCACGGGCCUAGGGACUUAGAGCUUGCACACUGGUGUUUACCACCUUACCUAAUCUCACCUGCCCCUGUCUCACGGCCGUAGACAGAGAACCUGUGUGCCAGGGUUGCCCCGAGACAGGCAGCUGGUGUCCAGGGCAAAGGCCACGGUGGUUCUGGGAGGUCCCUUCACCAGCUCUUUCCAGCUCCUGGUCCUUCUCAGGGCACAGGAAACCAGGGAGACCAGAAGGCGCAAAGCAGCACCCGCUUUGUGAACUCGCCAGCCCCUCCUGCUCCUUCUCUGCCCUGCUGUCCUUGUGCACUACCACCAGUCACCCACAGUUCAUGCAUUUACCCGACAAGCGUUUAUGGAAGAUCAGCCACAGAGGCCCUGCCCUGCGCUAAGUGCAGGGACAUGAAAGGCAGAAGACAAAGGCGCUGUCCCCAAAGAGCCCUGUCCAGUGAUGCGCAGAAAAUCCACCAUGACCCUCCACUUACUUUGCUUGGAAAAAUCAAUGUAUCCGGCCGAGGGUGGGUGGCCCUUGGAGAGAGUCUGGGGAAAUCACUUUGCAGAGGCACUGUAGGGUAAGCUGGUGGGAGCGCAGCUGUGUGCAGGCCCCAGCCCAGCCUCCUGCAAAGGUGACACCAUCUGAGCGCAGGGUCAGCUUGGUGGCGGGGAGGACUGACCGUUUGGGGCUGGAUCCCUUCUGUGAAAGUGGAACAGGGGCACCAGACCCACUGAGGUGGCGUAACAGGGCCGCCCUGUCCCUGCCAACACCGUGCCUGGUGGCCAACACGGAACCAGCCCGGGACUGAGCUCCCAAGGCUGGGCAGGGACCCACGCCGUCCCACCCAGCUCAGUGGCUGGAAUCUUCAGGAAAAUUUCCCCAACACGGUGAGCGCUGGAAACAAAGAUGUCUGUGCACUUGAGUAAUUAACAGUCGUUUCUGCAGAAGCUUCUGGUCAGCUGGGCAGAGAGGGUGUCACUGUGUGCCAUUCGACAGAGAUCGUGUAGUCACCCUGCGAGCUACAGCUUGGGGGCCACAGAGAGAGCGUGGUCACCGUCAAGACAGAAACGUGGCCCGGCUGAUGGCUCUUGUGGCCCCCCAAACUGAGUUCCGGGACUCUUCACAGUCCAGCUUCCAGCUGAAGCUCAGGGUACGAACAGGCGAAGAAAUCCAUCUUGGCCAUCGUCAGCGCGGCCCAGGAAGGGGCAGAACAUCCCUCCCGCCUCCCCUAUUCUCCCUCCAGGAAAACUCUGCCCCCUGUAACUGCUGAAACAUUUGCUUCUCAGAAUAAACGUAUGCCAGGAUGGUAAA